AUGGUUCGCAGACAGCGUGAACAAAGUACAACCGAAGAUGAAAUAAUUAUCGAUACUUCACCACAGAAAAAACAUAAACGACACAAACAUAAAAAACAUAGAAAACGAAAAGUUGAUAAUAACUAUGAAAGUGAUACUUCAAUAGAUGUGUCUUAUGAGGAUGUCACGGAUAAAGCAUAUAAAAUGAAAAUAAAGAAAGAAAUGCUGUCUGUCACUUCUGCUGCUGACCUCUUAAAAGCACAAACCAUGAAACCUUUGACAGACUCAAGAAAAUCUAUACCGGGUUCAUCUUCAAGUACUCCUCCAAAAGCAUCUUCAAAGAAAAAAAAGAAAGGGAGAGACAGUGGCACAUCCAGUGAGGAAGAAAGAUGGCUUGAUGCAAUUAAAUCUGGAAAGCUCGAAGAAGUAGAUGAGGAGUUAAAGAAAAUUAAACCAAAAGAUCCAAAAAUGAUGACUGCAAGACAAAGAGCAAUGUAUGAACGAGGAAAUGAUAAGGAAACUUGUCCUGGAGGUGAAAUAUUGUUAGCAUUGCCAUCUGGAUACAAGGAGAAAGUAAUGACCGCUGAAGCAAUACAAAAAGCUGCUCUGAAAUCACAAAAACUGAGUCCACAGUACUGCUCCGGAUGCGCCUGCUACGGAAGUGUUGUGUGGUCCUUCCACAGUAAAAUGUCUGAUUUUGACACAAGAAAA